UUUCUCUCUAAACGUUGAAAUUGAAACCAUCUCAUCCCAUUGAGAAAAAGAAUUAAGUCAUAAAUUUUGUGUUAAUUUGAUUUUGAGAGUUUGUGAAAAUGCAGGCAGCAAAGAAAGCAGUUGAGACCAUUAAGGAAACCGCAGCCAACAUUGGCGCCUCUGCCAAAUCUGGCUUGGAGAAGACCAAAGCUACCGUUCAGGAGAAGAGUGAGAGGAUGAGUGCACGUGACCCAAUGCAGAAGCAAAUGGCAACGGAGAAGAAAGAGGAGAGGAUCAACCAUGCAGAGAUGGGGAAACAGGAGGCACGUGAGCAUAAUGCUGCGACCAAAAUGUCUGCAAAUGCUGGUCACGUGACGGGGGGCCAACAAUACACCGCAAGUGGGCCCGCCACUGAGACUGCCGCUGCUGGAUACUCCACAAGUGGUACGUAUGGAUCCGGACAACAAUUGGCCACUGACCAUAAUAUGUCAACAAUGCCUGCCCAUGGACAUGGGAUUGGGUAUGGGCUUGGACGUGAAAAAGAUAUGUUGGGCUCACACCCAAUUGAGACCAAUACUGGAAUGGAUACGACCGCGGCCCAUAAUAUCCACGCGGGUGAAACUGUCCCUGGGAGUGGACCUCAUCAUUAUUAGUUAAAGUUUGAAUUUGAAUGUCUAUUUGUGAGUAUGUUCUUAAUGUUUUAUCAACGUCUAGUUUCGUGUACUAGUGCUACUAGUCACACCUGUUGUUUGUCUUUUUAUGUUUAGAUAUGAGACCAAAUGUUGUAAGGUACAUGGCACGACUUGUGCCGUUAACAUGCUCUAUCUGUUUGCUUCAUUAAAUAAAUGAAAGUGUGCUUGUGAUGCUUA